AUGAAACAAUACUUGGAGUCCAAGGUAAGAAACAGAGAUUAUACACCAAACAAAUCAAUUAAAUCUUUUUAUGCUAAAAAGAGUUCAGUAGCCUCAACAUUCGAUUAAACCUAAGCUUUUAAUACCCAAAAUUCCUAUUUUACAAAUAAUGACACUGAAAAGCAUGCAAAGCUAAUAAUAUUUGAUGCCUCUGAUAAAUUAAAAUUAUAAGCUAUAGUUACUUCAAUGAAUAGACAUAAUCUGUACAGCCGAACUGAUUAUUCACCGUAAAAGCAGUAGAGCACUUUUAGCGUUUCAACCUAACAACAGUUUUUUAACGAUUACCCAGUUAAUUACAAAAAGAUUUCUCAAUAGAAAAGGAGUAGGAACGAUUAACUUGUAGAGAGUCAGAAAUUGUAGGAAAAGAAGAGAGCUUAAACCAGUAUGAUGAUGGGAAAGAGAAAGCUCUCUUAGGCGAGACAAUUUGAAAUUAGAGAUAAAUUAUUGCUAGAGGACUGCUUAAAUAAAAGUGUAGAAUCAUUGCUUGAAAAGAGAAACAAAUUCCUAAAUAAAACCUAGGACAUCAAGUCAUAAGAAUAUAAUUAACAUUAACUGCAACAGCACACUUAUCAUUCCAAUAAAUUUAAGGAAACUAAUUAGGACGACGAAGACAUUUCGGACAAUACGUUUCAUAAAAUAAUUCAUAACCUUAACCUUGAUAGAAUGAGGGAAAAAAAAUGGCUAGAUUCAAGACAAAAUUUAUAAAUCUCUCCUUUCAAAAUGAAUUAAACAUAAGUCUUAAGUAGAGGAAAAGAAGUGUCUAAGCUGUCUUUAUAAGAAACGGUUGAAAAGAGAAUUUCUAAAAGUAAAAUGGACGAGAGUUUAUUGAUGGCAGAGAAAAUAUUUGAUCAGUGGCUUAGAGACUACAAAAUUAGCUUGAUUGAUAAUGAUACCUUGCCUUUUAAUGAUAACAGGUCACUUUUUUCGAUUGGAAUCAAUGAUACUAAUGGGAUUCCAAUGUCAGUAAUUUUAAAGAACUUCCUUACUCUAGGUUUGGUACCAAACUAAAAGAUUUUUAGUAUAAUGGCUAAUGAAAAAAAUGGCUAAGAUCCUUCCUCUAUUAUCUUCAAAGAGUAAUUCCUCUAAAUAUUCAAAAGUGGUUCUAAGAUUGAUAAAAUUUUAACGAUAAUCAAAGAUGAAGUACAGAAAAUAAAAGAUAAAGACAUAAAUAAAAGAAAUUAUGACAAGUUGCAAAAAACUCUCAAAGAAAGCCUUGCUGAUAGUUUUAAUGGACUCAUUAAUCUUAAUAUUGACACAUCACAAGGUCUCAAUUUGCAAAAUCUUUAACAAUAAAGGAAAAAUCUAUCUCCAAAAAAGAGAGCAACUAUUGGAGAUUUAAGUAAAAUUUUAACUACUAAAUUAAGCAAUCUCUCAUUUCUUAAGAAUAAACAUCCAUCCACUUUGAAGUAUUUGAUUGAAUAUGACACUGAUGAAGAUGAUGAUAAGGCUCAUAAUAAGCUAAUCAACUUUAUAAAACGUUGCUCAAUCUAGAAAAAUUAAGUUAUUGCAAGGAAUUCCCCAAGAUAUUAUUAAAAUAAUCCUUAUAGUCCUAUUAAAGAUCCAAAGCACACUUUUAUCAAUAAAAAUAAGCAAGCCUCCCCUUUUCAUUUAAACAAGUAGCACAGUUAUAUCAGAAGGAGAACCAAGAUUAAUGAUGGAUUUCUUGAUAAUUCUAGUAAGAUUACCACGAUGAAUGAGGGUAUAAAAGAAUAAUCAGAUUAGCAAGAUGAAUUCGUAAAUAGGCUGAAAAUGGUCAACAAAUAUUACUAUGAACAUGGCUAAAACAAAAAGUAGCUAGACUUAAGAAAGAGUUUAUAUGACAAUUUGUUUGAUCAACUUUAAAAUUUGAAAGAAAAAAUAGGAAAGGAAUGUAGAGAUCUGGUAUUAACAAUUAUAACAUUAAUACCUUUAAAGUAUGAAGAGGUCAGAGACUUUUCUAAUCCAAUAGUUCUCCCACUAAUGUAACUUUUAGUCUCAAUGCUUUCAGAUAAACUUGAAAAAGAUGAUAAAAAUCUAGAAUUUCCUAAUGAAGAAAUAGGACCAAUGUUUUAAAUUAUUGAGAAAUGGUGGGCUUAGAUGGAUCCAAUGAAAAUGCAAGUAGUGCCUAAGGAAAAAGUAGAGAAUUUUCUAUAGUCUAAGGGAAUAUUAAAUGAUCCAAAGGAAUUAGACUCCAUAAUAAGGUCAUAUUUUCCAAAAAAUUAACUCUUGACCGAUAACACUAUCAAGAAAAGUGUAUAUAUGAGGAUCAUGUCUUGUGCAAUUAUGAGAGGAAUGCUUAUUAAUUUAAAUUCCUUUUUAAAUCUAUCACAAGGAACAAUUCAAAGUGAGGAGUAAUCUCUUAAUUUAAAAGUUUUGAAACUUCAGAGAAUUAUUCUUAUGAAAGGUAUCAAAGCUAAAUCUAACAUUGGAAUUUAUCACAAGGGAAAGAUUUAAAAAGAUGGACUUAGCUUUGCAUGUGCUAGUAUUGUUGAUAAUUUGCAAAAUAUAUAUUAGUCUAGCAAAGGUGGAGUAGACUUUAAAAGGGCUAAAAACAAAAUAGAGAAAGAUAUUUAAGGACUAUAAAAGCUUAAUACUGAGUUAAAGCUGAAUGAAAAUCAAAAUUAAGACAAUCCUUAAAAAGAUUAAAAUGCUGAUUUGACUGACAAUGACGAUAAAUUAAACAACUCAGAACUUUAUGACAAUGUAGAGGAUGAGGAUGAAAGCUUAUUUUAAUACUGUGAUAGAUAGAGCAUUAGAAGGAAUAAGAAUCCAAUCUUUGAUAGCCUAGAUAGUGAUGAUUUUGAUUAAUUGAUUAAUGAUCAAAAUAACUAGCAUGCUAAGAAAAAGUUUCUUAUCCCAUAGCUAAGAGAACUUAUGAGAAGUGGCUUAGAAAAUAGAAACUAAUCUGCUAUUGGGAAAAAGAGAAUUUCACUAAUUGAUCGUUAGAAAAUCAGGCUUAUGGUUAACACAAGUUUAUUGAAUGAAAGUCAUGAAAGCAUUGAAAUUGAUGACCUUGAGCAAGCCAACAUGAACUUGAAACUAAAUUUAAUAUGA